AUGAGAUCAGCGGAGGAAUUGAGGCGGCGAGAUCUGGCGAGGAACGGAAUGGAGAUGACGGAGGCUGAUCGUCAGAAAGCUCGGCACGACGCCAUUACGGAGGAUGAGCGUGAGAGUCUGGACUUUCUUUGCGACAGGAUUGCGCCCAAGGCAGAUGAAAUCGAUCAAGAUGAUGUCGAGGAUACCAAACCCAAGGAUUACCGGAGCAGUGGCUAUAUUCCAACAGGAUCUGUUGUGACCGAUGUUUUCCGAGUCAAAGUGCAAACCUUCGAGUUGAAAGAGAGACAGGAUGCGAGGUCCAAAAGGGUUCCGGAGGAGGACAUGCCUUUCAGACUGACAACAACCGUCGCUGGAGUGGACUAUUAUCUUCAAGAAAUCCGUCACGUCAUCAGGACCAAAGAGGACGUCCACAGACUAUGGCCAGGCAAGGAUAUGGAGAGGAUCAAGAUCUUGACGAUUGAUCCCCUCGACGCCACCCUCCUCGACGCCAGCUCCCUCGACGCCGGCAGAGAAGAUGUCGAGACCGAAGGCGAGGAGUCGGCUUCGGAUAUUGAGACUCGCCUUCGGCCUCUACGAGGAGAGUCUGCAAGCGUCAUCGACUACAUCGACGAAUUGAAGCGCGUUGAGGCUCGACUGAAGACCUUCUAUACUAGCGAUGGGGGUCAGUACCGUCGUCAUAAAUGGAACAUGGAGAGAGCUCGCCAAGAGGAAUUCAAGGCUAAAGCUGAGAGACUUUUGAACUUAGUCGGAGGAAGCUAA